GGCUGCAGGGUGAAGAGCUGCGGGAAGAGGCUGACAGCUUCCCGGCAGGCGGCAGCGGCGGCAGCAGCAGGUUAGGGAGCCCGAGGCAGGCCGAGGACAGAGCGACGGGAAAAGCCAUGUGGCCACUGCUGGUCGCACUGGCGCUGUGGCCGGGCACGGGCCGGGCCCAGCUCCCGGAGCCGCAGCUCUCGGAGGCCCCGCUCUCGGAGCCGCAGCGCCGGAGCCUGCAGGUGGCCCUGGAGGAGUUCCACAAGCAUCCGCUGGUGCACUGGGCCUUCCGGAAGACCAGCAUCCACAGCAUCGUGGACGUGCCCUUCCCAGCUGGCACCUUUGUGAAAAUGGAAUUCAACAUCCAGCAGACCAACUGCCGCAGGAAGGAGUGGAAGGAGGCCCGCUGCCAAGUCCUGCCCAAGGGGAAGAAGCGGACGUGCCUGGCCUGCAUCAAGCUGGCUCCUGAGAACCGUGUUCUGGGACGGAUGGUCCACUGCCCUCUGCAGCCGCAAGGGCAUCAGGAGAUGCAGAGGCACCACUGCAGCAAGGUGGAACGGGCUGGUGAGGACCCCAACAGCUCCUUCCUCCCGGGGCAAUUCGCCUUCCUCAAGUCCGGGCCUUCCACAUGAGCCCCGGAGCCUGCAGUAGGACAGCGGCGUGCUGGACCGGAUGGAAGGCCCCGCCCUCCCACAUGGAAGGUUCCAGCUCCUUCUGGUCUAAUAAACCUGCUCUCAGCACUUA